CUAUCUGCCUCACAAACUAACACCUUGUUCCGAUAAGGCCCGAACAGCCCAACUGUCACAAACAUUUGGUUAUUUUUGUGCUUUUACUAUAGGAACUGUCUUUGUCACUUCUGUUAAAUAUUGAACAGGCAGACAAGCCAAAACAUCAAUUUUUGUUCUAGGCGUUAAAUUUCUUGGAGUUCUUAAUUUGACUUUUAUCCUGACAACUUGAAGAGAGAGAGAGAAAGAUGAGAAGUGGGAAGGAGAUGGUUAUGCUAGUUUUGGUGGCUGUGCUUUUAGGGGUGGUCUCUGGGUCAUCGCCAGCUUCUGAUAAUCAGCCGUCCCAGAGGCGGUGGAAAUCCAUGUUUUCUGGGGCAAGUUCAUCGGCGGUGAACCCAAUUGGCUCCUCUGUUGUUUUUCCUAUGUAUGGGAAUGUCUAUCCCAUUGGAUUUUAUUAUGUUCAGCUGAACAUAGGGAAUCAACUGAAGCCAUAUUUUCUUGAUCCUGACACUGGUAGUGAUCUCACCUGGCUUCAAUGUGAACCUUGUCGUGGCUGCCCUAAGGGGCCUCACCCAUUUUACCGACGAAGCAAUGACCUGGUGGCUUGUAGGGACCCCCUUUGUGCCUCCUUACAGUCUUCCGAAGACUACAAAUGCGAUGAACCAGAGCGAUGUCCUUAUGAAUUGGAAUAUGCAGACGGGGCUUCCUUUGGUCUGCUUGUGAAGGACACUUUAUCCCUUAAUCUCACAAAUGGAAUCCGUGUUAGCCAUCGUGUGGCUAUAGGAUGUGGAUAUAAUCAGACCCCGGGGAGCUCUAAUCAUCCCUUGGAUGGAGUACUAGGCCUUGGCAAGGGAAAAACCAGCAUUGUGUCACAGCUACAGAAUCAAGGGCUGGUGAGGAAUGUGGUUGGCCAUUGUUUAAGUAGUCGAGGAGGAGGUUUUCUUUUCUUCGGAGAUGAUAUUUAUGAUUCUUCGCAAGUGGUUUGGACACCAAUGUCACCUGAUUACUCGCACUACUCACCUGGGUAUGCAGAGCUGACUAUUGGUGGAAAAGGGAUAGGGUAUAAGAAUAUUCUUGUGCUUUUUGACAGUGGGAGUUCUUACACUUACCUGAAUUCUCAGGCAUAUCAAGCUUUCAUUUCUUCGUUGAGGAAAGAACUGAGUGGAAAGCCCUUAAGGGAAGAACCAAAUGAUAAGACACUCCCAUUGUGCUGGAAAGGCAAGAAACCCUUCAAAAACGUACUGGAUGUGAAAAAACACUUCAAGCCGCUGGCACUGAGCUUUUCAAAUGGUUGGAGAGCCAAAUCGCAGUUCGAAAUUCCCCCUGAAGCAUAUCUCAUCAUCUCUUCCAAGGGAAACGUUUGCUUGGGAAUUCUGAACGGUAGUGAGGUGGGACUUGAAAAUGCAAACGUUAUUGGAGAUAUAUCAAUGCAAGGUAAAAUGGUGAUUUAUGACAAUGAGAAGCAGGUGAUGGGUUGGGUCUCUGCGAGUUGUGAUCGUACUCCAACUUCCAAAGCCGGCUUCAUGUAAAUAUAUAGGUUACUGAUUUUUUUAUGUACUUGUCUCUCUUCUAGAUUUCGAUGCUUAUUUAAAUACAAGGGUAUAGGGGAAAUACCCUGAUUACUGUCAAAGAGCAAUCACAAAUGUUGAAUAAAAGCAGUAACUGUAUAUCUAUUUACUUGACCUGGAUCA